AUGGUAGAGUCUUACCCGAUCGGCAGCCGCUUCGAGAGCGAGCGCAUGGUGCGAGAUUGGGGUUUCCGACACGUCUUUACAUGGUCGGACAGGAGAAAUGCGUAUUACUCUCCCCAUACACAUGGCGGUCUGACGACUCAUUUGAUUCGACGGGGUACUCUGACCAUCACGUACCCGGAAGACAACGCCAACUUGCAUGGCGGCGAUAUCAAGAAGGAGACGUUUGGUGUUGGUUCAAGGGUGGAUGUUCCUGCUGGAAAACUUCAUGAGGUUUGGAUUGGGGAUGAGGGGUGUGAAUAUGUGAUUGGAGAGUGA